GCCUAUCACAAGCAAGCGCUGUGAAACGCCACAAAGUAAGCAGGUAGUGACGUUUUCAAAGUCUACGAUGCGCUUGCUGAACCGCUGGUGUUAUCUACAAAUAGUAUGCUGAACUCGAGGGUGUGCCUCCAUUUCGCGGCUGGCAUUGCGCUGCAACAAAUAAUAAAAAAAGCAAGAACGAUGCUUGACAAACCUUGCCUGAUUAUAGGAAAAAUUUCAGGUCCCGCUGGUUUUACAGGUGAGUCUAUAUAUCCCUCCACCAUAGAGAGAAAACGUCAACAAGAGGGGACACUCGGCUAAAACUGGCAACAGGAUACACGUCACGCUUAGUGUUCACCUCAUCCGUUAGAUGACACGAGCAUCUGAAAAAAAAAGAAUGUCAAAUGAACCUACAGACAAUGUUUUAUAUUUUCCUAAUUCUCUCGCGCGAAAACUAAAAUGUUCUGCGUAUAAAAGAAGUUACACUUGGCCGCCUACUUACCUUGCGUUACCUAGCGACACGACAAUACAUGCCAGAUGCACUAGAUGGACGCUUCAUCGGCCAGACACGCCACCGAAGCGAGUGAGGCCAGCUACACGUAUGAGCGCUCUCGCCUCUAUGGCGACCUGUCUGUAUUCUUUUAAUGUAGCCUGGUUUCUUGGGCUUACGGCUUAUUCUGCGUUCCUUCUACACGUGGUACCCCUGCGCCACUGGACUAGGACAAGUCGUUUAGGUUUGAGAAGUAAUCCUGGGCUGCUUCCUAAUGAAACUAUGGCCUGCGGACUAAGAAGAGGAAGACGAGGUGACCGACCUGCCCAGACGGACGGGGUGUCAACAAAAGCAGCGACAGGACGACCAUGGAGGAGCAGAAGCAGUCGACGAGCACGCGGGUUCAGCCACUCGCUGAAGGACCUGUGCCCGUUCGUCAGCGGACCAACGUUGCCCCCAGGCAGCGGGCUCCGAAGCUACCGUUUCAUCUUCAUGCUCGCCAACUUGGUGCAUGGGUGUUCCACGGUACCUUUCUACACGUUGUCAGUGGCCUACAUGGACGACAACCUCACGCCCCAGAAGUCCAGCUGGUAUAUCGGCAUCUACUACACCGCAGCCAUCAUGGGGCCAGGUGUCGGCUUCAUCCUGGCUGGCAUGUUUCUCGGCAUCUAUACUGACGUCAGCGUAGACCCGUCGAGCAUCGGCAUGUCGCCGUCCAGCAACGUGUGGAUUGGCGCCUGGUGGAUCGGCUUCGUGAUUACCGGCUUUUCGGCGCUGCUCAUCAGCUUGCCUACGUUUGGCUUUCCAAAGAGACUUCCGGACGCCGUGAACACCCACGAGGCACACGAGGUGGACUUCCGCGCGCUGAAGGGCGACACUUUGCAGGUGCGCCUCGCCGACAUGCCCAGAGCCGUGUUUUACCUGGUGCAAAACUACACGUUCCUGUUCAUCAGCCUGGCCACCACCGUCGAGAUGAUGAUUGGCUCUGGCUACUCGAACUUCGUCACCAAACUGUUCGAAAGCCAGUUCGGAAUGACUUCGUCCGGAGCAGCACUCCUGCUUGGCAUGAUCGGUAUUCCGAGCGCUAGCCUGGGCUGCUUCAUGGGCGGCUACGUGGUUUCCAAGCUGAACCUCAGCUGCUCCAACAUCAUACGCAUGUGCGUACUCAUCUCGGUGAUGAACUGGUUCGUAUUCUACGCGCUGCUCGUCGCCUGCCCCAACCAGCGCUUCGAGGGCAUCGACAUUGAGAAGAAGAUGGUACUCACGCCCAAGUGCAGCAGCGACUGCAUGUGUCCCUUCAGCUUCAAUCCCAUCUGCGGUCGGGACCACAAGAUGUACACGUCACCGUGCCUGGCCGGCUGCCGCAACGAGACCCAGGAUGUCAAGGCCUCGACCACGCUCUACACUGAUUGCGACUGCAUCGAACUAGAAGGCGACCACAACGACACCGAACACGUGGUGGAGGCCGAGCGGGUGCGCUGUACGCAGGAGUGCUCCGCCUACACCUUCUACAUGGCGGCCACAUUCAUUUGCAUCUUCAGCACCUUCUACAUCAGCGCGCCGAGCAUCAGCGUCACCAUCAGGUGCGUCAUGCCAAAGCAGAAGUCGUUCGCCUUAGGUGUACAGUGGGCCUGCAUACGUCUCCUAGGCACCAUUCCGGCUCCGCUCAUCUUCGGCAAGGCAGUGGACAUGGCCUGCGAGAUCUGGUCGUCCGUGUUCGACGGCGACACGAACGACUCCGGCCACUGCGCCAUCUACGACAACGGGGCUUUGAGCCGCAACAUGGCCGCCAUGCUCCUGCUGCUGAAGACCAUGUCGGUGGUGCUCUUCGCGUGCGCCAGCUUCACCUACCAGCCGACGACGACAACAUCGUCUCCCACAUAAAACUGCCGAAGCGCGCCAUUCAGGCUGCUCACGUUUACUGCGCUCGUGCGACAUCCUCUUGCUAGUAGUUAGUGGACGGGCUGGCCGCGUCGCCGGUGCGAGAACGAACGCGCAGGCGUAUGUAUGUGUAAGCACAUCGCGAAAUACUCGUAGGUACCAGCAAUGUUCUUUUUCUAAUUGAUCCAACUUUAAAAAGCACGAUAUAAAGGAAAACUUUCUUUGCCUAGCCCCUGGUC